AAAAGGAAAAAAAAAAAGGCGAUUUGGGGAAAGGAUACUUGCCUCCGUCCCGCUGCUGUCUUGGAAACCAGAGGGGGAAGCGUCAGAGGCAGAGAGAGAGACAGGGAGAGAGGGAAGGAAGAAAAAAAAAAAAGGAAGGAAGGAGGGAGAGUUGAAUUUUUAUUAUUUUUUUUCCCGAUUUUUUUUUUCUCUCCUCCUUUUUUAAUGCUGAGUUACCGCAUCGCUUCGCUGAGAUCCAGCAAGCCGAAGAUUUUACCCGAUUGCUUCCAUUGCUGGCGACGCUGAGGGAUUUUUGCAUUUUUUUGGGGAGAGGGGGGGGGGAAACUUCGCGAUCCUUUCUUUUCACACUGGCCUUAAAGAGGAUAUAUUAGAAGUUGAAGUAGGAAGGGAGCGAGCAGGCCGAUGGCGCAAAGGUACGACGAGCUGCCCCACUACGGCGGCAUGGAGGGGGUGGGCAUCCCCACCACCAUGUACGGGGACCCCCACGGCGCCCGCCCCAUGCAGCCCGUGCACCACCUCAACCACGGGCCGCCGCUCCACUCGCACCAGUACCCGCACGCCGCCCACGCCAACGCCAUGCCCCCCGCCAUGGGCGCCUCCGUCAACGACGCCCUCAAAAGGGACAAAGAUGCCAUCUACGGACACCCCCUGUUCCCUCUUUUAGCACUGAUUUUUGAGAAAUGUGAAUUAGCUACAUGCACGCCCAGGGAGCCCGGGGUAGCGGGAGGCGAUGUUUGCUCCUCUGAGUCUUUCAAUGAAGACAUAGCAGUGUUCGCCAAACAGAUCCGAGCAGAGAAACCCCUAUUUUCCUCUAAUCCUGAACUGGAUAACUUGAUGAUUCAAGCCAUACAAGUAUUAAGGUUUCAUCUGUUGGAAUUAGAGAAGGUACACGAAUUAUGUGACAAUUUCUGCCACCGGUAUAUUAGCUGUUUGAAAGGAAAAAUGCCUAUCGAUUUGGUCAUAGACGAUAGAGAGGGCGGAUCAAAAUCGGACAGUGAAGACAUAACAAGAUCAGCAAAUCUAACAGAUCAGCCCUCCUGGAACAGAGACCACGAUGACACGGCGUCCACGCGCUCCGGGGGAACCCCCGGGCCUUCCAGCGGGGGACACACAUCGCACAGCGGGGACAACAGCAGUGAGCAAGGUGACGGCUUGGACAACAGUGUAGCUUCCCCCAGCACAGGUGAUGAUGAUGAUCCAGAUAAGGACAAAAAGCGACAUAAAAAGCGUGGCAUCUUUCCCAAAGUAGCCACAAAUAUCAUGAGGGCAUGGCUGUUCCAGCAUCUAACACACCCCUACCCUUCAGAAGAACAGAAAAAGCAGUUGGCACAAGACACAGGGCUCACUAUACUUCAAGUGAACAAUUGGUUUAUUAAUGCUAGAAGAAGAAUAGUUCAGCCCAUGAUAGACCAGUCCAAUCGAGCAGUAAGUCAAGGCACACCCUACAACCCCGACGGGCAGCCGAUGGGAGGCUUCGUGAUGGACGGCCAGCAGCACAUGGGCAUCCGAGCGCCAGGGCUGCAAAGUAUGCCAGGGGAUUAUGUGUCUCGGGGUAGUCCAAUGGGUAUGAACAUGGGACAGCCAAGCUAUACCCCGCCCCAGAUGCCCCCCCAUCCUGCUCAGCUGCGUCAUGGCCCCCCCAUGCAUACCUACAUUCCUGGACACCCUCACCACCCAGCGAUGAUGAUGCAUGGAGGACCACCCCACCCUGGAAUGCCCAUGUCAGCAUCAAGCCCCACAAUGCUUCAUACCGGCGAGCCGGCAGUGAGUGGACAAGUGAUGGACAUUCAUGCUCAGUAGCUUAAGGGAAUCCGCGUUGUCUGCAGCGGCGGUAGAUUUCAAACAUUGUCUUUCUGCAAUGACUAUGGAGUUCCGUUCUUGGCGUCGACUUUGGACCAAGGGACGUUCCUAUUCUUCACAGGGACCCUGACAAGCAGGAAAACACCAACUGAAGUCAACUUCUGGGGACAUCCUAAAUACCUAUAUAAGACAUUAAGAGAACAAAGAGUGAAAUAUUGUAAAAUGCUAUUAUACUGUUAUCCAUAUUACGUUGUUUCUUAUAGAUUUUUUAAAAAAAAUG